UCACACCAUCACACACACGGAGAGAGAGAGGAGCAGCAGGAGCAGGAGGAGCACACACACACACUCACUCACACACACAUUCAGCGUCUCACACGCUGCUCCAGAUCAGCCUCGCGCUCGUCCUUCUUUCCACAUCUGGAUUGCUGUGCUGUGCUGUGCUGUGCGCGGUCCCGCGGGUUGUUUUUUAUUUGUUUGUGUGUUUCUGCCCCGUGCGCGCGCUCUUUUGGGUUGAUUACUGAGGGACAUGGCUCUGCCCCAGCUGGGUUUCCUCUACGGACUGGACGGAGCGCACGCGCCGCCGGACGGGAUCUCCGAGGGCGCCGCCGCGCUCGCGCCCCUCUUCACGCCCGCCUGGAGCGCGCGCGGCUACACCGGCGCGUUCGCGCGCACCGGAGCCGAGCUCGCGCUGCUGGCGCACAUGGGUUCUCAGUAUGAGCUGAAGGACUCUCCAGGGGCUCAGGCCGCAGGCCUGGCCCUCCACACCCCACCCGCUUUCUACCCCUACAACCACUACCAGUACGGCGACCCCAGCAGAGCCAAAAGCGCCACCAGAGAGACCACCAGCACCCUUAAGGCGUGGCUUCAGGAGCACAAGAGGAACCCGUACCCCACCAAGGGCGAGAAGAUCAUGCUGGCCAUCAUCACCAAGAUGACCCUCACGCAGGUGUCCACCUGGUUCGCCAACGCCAGGAGAAGGCUGAAGAAGGAGAACAAGGUCACGUGGGGGCGCAGCGCGGAUGAUGUGGAUGGCAGGUUGUUUGAGAGCGAUAACGAUGAAGAGUUGGACAAAAACGAGGAGGAAGAGGACGAGGAGGAAGAGAUUGAUCUGGAAACCAUCGAUAUAGACAAGGCUGAAGGAGAGCGCGCGGAUCUGAGCGAGGAGAACGCGGAGGAGCAGCAGGACGGGAGGGAAAACGCACAGACCCCGCAGGAACCAGCAUCUCCAGAGCUGAAGAGCGCGGCGAGCCCGGUGUCCAACAAAGCGCAGAGCGCCGGGGAGGUUUCCCCCAGAGCAGCGGACUCUCACCGGCCAGCAAACGCAAAACCAAAGAUCUGGUCGCUCGCGGAGACAGCCACGAGCCCAGAUCACUGCCACAGAGCCAGCGUUCCCUCCGCCAUCCCGCACCCGGCCUUCCUUUCCACCAGCGGUAUCUACACGUGCCAGGUUGGCAGAGGAGAUAACUGGGCCUUCCUCAGCGCGAGCUCUCUGCUCGGUGUGAGAUCCAUGCUGGGAGGGAACGAAAGCGAAAUCGUGCAGUGUACGCCGCGCGCCGCCGUUACGCACAGCAGCAGCACGCUCAGGCCGCCGUGCGUAAAAACGCACACAGAGAAGGAAUCCCGCAGCUUCAGACCGCAACAGAACGAUGAAAACAUCGAGAGAGUUGAAUCUCCCACACUUUCGCUGAGGGCCCCUUUCCCAGUCAUCCAUGACAGGUCUCACCACGAAACAGCACAGCGGGCUCUGAAGAGCAUUUCCUGAAGACGCAAACACAACUCAGAGUUUACCUAAAUUAUUAACCUGUACGGAUGUAAAUACAAACUCCACUCACAUCCAAAUACACCAAAAAGUAUUUUAUAGCCCUGAAAACCUCCCCAUGACUGUAAAAAAAACAUUUUUUUUUAUUUUAAAUUCAGCAUGUGUGUGUUUACCGCGUAGCUCCUUUCCAUCACUUUUACAAGCUGAAAUGAAUUAUUUGUCAAAGGCCAGUGGGUGUAAAUGAUAUAUUUUUGUGUAAUAAACAGAAUAUGAUUAAUA